AUGGGACGGCCCCGGGCCCUGCUGGCUGCGCUCUGGGCUCUGGGGGCUGCCGGGGCAGCAGCGCUGCGCAUCGGAGCCUUCAACAUCCAAAGCUUCGGUGACAGCAAAGUGCUGGACUCGGACUGUGGCAGCGUCAUCGCACAGAUCUUGGCAGGCUAUGACAUCACGCUCGUGCAGGAGGUGCGAGACCCGGAUCUGAGCGCAGUGACCGCGCUCAUGGAGCAGAUCAACAGCGUGUCUAAGUACCAGUACAGCUACGUGAGCAGCGAGCCCCUGGGGCGGGAUCAGUACAAGGAAAUGUACCUGUUCGUUUACAGGGAGGACGCGGUGUCGGUGGUAGACACGUACCAGUACCCGGACCCGGAGGACGCCUUCAGUCGUGAACCUUUCGUGGUCAAAUUUUCAGCUCCCGGCUCCGCCGCCAAGGAGCUGGUGCUGGUGCCGCUGCACGCCGCGCCGCACCACGCGGUGGCGGAGAUCGAUGCCCUCUACGACGUGUACCUGGACAUCAUCGACAAGUGGGGCAGCGACGACAUGCUGUUUCUGGGCGACUUCAACGCGGACUGCAGCUACGUGAAGGAGCACGACUGGGCGGCCAUCCGCCUGCGCAGCAGCGAGGUGUUCAAGUGGCUCAUCCCAGACAGCGCGGACACUACCGUGGGCAACUCGGACUGCGCCUACGACCGCAUCGUGGUCUGUGGUGCCCACCUGCGCAAGAGCCUGAAGCCCCACUCGGCCACGGUGCACAACUUCCAGGAGGCAUUUGGCCUGGACCAGGCUCAGGCCCUUGCCGUCAGUGACCAUUUUCCUGUGGAGGUGACCCUCAAGUCCCACUGA